AUGAGUGACUCCAAGUCUCAGUCCCAUGCGGAGAGUUGGAUGCAUGACUUUGUGUCACGCAGAGACGAUGCGAUAAGAAGACAACAACCGGAGGCGGUGAGCGAGUUAUACAAAUAUGCGGUUGCAUUGGACCGCAAAAAGCUAUGGCCUGCGGCCGAACAAGUUUACCGAGAGGCUGCCGAAUUGGCAACCAGGAUUGUCGGCGCAGAUGCCCAUCUAACGCUUACCAUUUUGCACAGCCUUGCAUAUUUGUUGGAUAGCAGCGGGAAGCAGCAGGAGGCAGCGCAGGUGUAUGAGGCCGUCCUUCCAGGCAUGGAGAAGCUUAUGGGCAAGGAAGACCCUGAGACGCUGGAUGUCAUGAACAACUAUGCCUGCACUCUGGAUAACCUGGACCACCUGAAUAGGGCUGAGAUCAUGCACCGAACCACCCUGAGCCGACGUCAGAAAAUUUUCGGCAUGACUGGGCCGACGUUGAUCAGUCUGAACAAUCUUAGCUGCGUGCUUGACAACAAAGGACAAUAUGCCGACGCUGAAGUCAUCUAUCGGAAUGCACUCGAGAUGGUGGAAAGAAUGGCUGGGAAAAAUGAUCGCCGGACAUUAACUGUGAGGAAUAAUCUCGGUUGCUUGCUCAAUGCCCGAGGGAAGCUCGACGACGCCGAGGAAAUGCACGUGGAGACGUUGCGACGAAGGACUGUCGCAUUUGGUGAGGAAGACCCAGAAACACUGCAGAGCAUGAAUAACCUUGCAGUCGUGUUUGAAGCCCGUGGAAAGCACGAUGAGGCGGAGAGCCUCCUGGGAAUCUUCCUCGGCUGCAGGCUCGGCCUCUUCAGCCAGCUCGCCAUCUUGUACCCCAUCCUGAGUCGUGACCCCUUUGCCUACUCCAGGCCCUUCGUCGCUCGCAGCCUCUUGUCUUACUGCCUCGCCUUCCAGAGCUGCCUCGCCAAUUUCAGCAACUUCACCUCUGUCGACUGGUUCAACAUUCUCAUGGCCUUUGUUGUCUCGGGUGUUGUCACCAUCUUUCGUUGUAUGAUCACUCUCCGGAUCUCCACUUUCUGA